AUGAGGCUUAUUAUGAUGAUACUGACAAACCUGUUCCAAAUAUCUGCAGCUUGUUCAGCUAGUGACAUGACAGAAGUUUUUCACUUGUUAGAUGUACCAUUACCAAGGGAUCCUCAAAUAUUAGGGGUAUCAAGGAACCUCAAUAGUUCCAAAACUGAAAUUCGUUACGUAGAUGUGAUUUUGUAUGCUGCAUGUGCAUUGGACUGUGGUCGUCCUACGUUUCCACAAAAAAGUUUGGAAGCGCAUCGAUAUGACUUUUUCCUUGGAGGUGCUUGUAACCCUACAACAUGGAGGAAAGAGGUAGUUAUUCCAAUCCUCGACCGUUUUGGUUUUUCAUACUAUAAUCCGCAAGUAGAUGAAUGGUCUCCUGACCUCAUAGACUUGGAAAGAAAUGCUAAAUCAACAUCUGACAUAUUGCUAUUUGUUUUCGAAAACUGGAAAACAAGGGGAUUGGUCAGUCUUUUGGAGGUUACUUACUUUGCUUCUCAAAGAAGGCCCUUAGUUUUAUCUGUGUCUAAAGUCGAAGAAACUAAUGGUCCUUCAGUAGCUGGUGAAGGUAUCAAUCAGUUAGAAUACUACUGUCUAGAGGAGGCUAUGAAUUAUUUCCUAGAAAUAAUUAAGCGUCACAACAUCCCCUGUUUUUCAGAUGUGAAAAGCGCAGUAAAUUAUGCGAUAAACAACAGCCAUUUGAGGUUUAAAUUGUCAGGACAAUUAACGAAUAAUGAAAAACAACUAAUGGAUAAAGUAUUGUUCGUUUCUCAUAUGUUUCGUGAAAUAAUCGGAAGAAUUCCCGAAUCAGCUGAUGAUCAAAUUGUUUAUGAGCAGAUUCGUCAGGGAUUUCAACGAUUAAAUGUAGAACUGACAAGUGAUCGAGACUUUGUUAACUAUUGGAAUAAAGUGAAUCGUUUUGACUUAUUAUGUUCACUGUAUGCUCAAUAUAUAUUAAAACAACAAAGAUCCCCUUUACUGUUGACUAGUUUGAAUGAAUAUUUAGCAUCCAAGUUCCUGAAAAGCUGUAAUACUUCUAAAUAUUCCCUUCUGGACAGUCAAGUAACAAAUUCAUCAGUGGAAUCAAAGUCAUCCUCUUCUGUAGAAGGAACUGAAUUCGUUUCACAGUUUGAUUGUUAUUCUCCCGGUGGUUCAAAUUCCCCGUUAGUUAGUACCAGUGUUCGAACCCCGGUAUCUAGUGCUUAUUCAUCGUCAUCAUUAUCUUCAUCAACACCAACAGUAUCGGCGUCAGCAACACCAAAAUCAGACAGUCAUAUAUCCUUGAAUAAUGUUGAUGAUUUUAAAUAUACAAAAACAGAUGUAUACAUUGCUGGAAUUUUGAAAGGAAAUGAAUAUUGUCAUUUUUUAUUGGAUACUAUUAUACUACCCAAGUUGGCUAACGCAAAUUUAUCAUAUUAUAAAGCUAUAGAGAGGCCUAAUUAUUCAUCUACUGGAAAUAAUCAGAAUUUAUCAAAAUGUUAUCAAGAUUUAGAAAGUAAACAAUUGAAUCUUCGUCAGAAUAGUCGAAUUUUAUUGUAUAUAAUCGAUAAUAGUUCUUUUCAUCUAAUUACCAUAUUAGAGGCUGUCUAUUCAAUGGGAUCACAUUUAUCAGUGGUUCUUUUUGUACAAAUGUUCAAUUCUACUGAUAAUUAUAAAAUUAUCUUGAACAAAUCUAACCUAAAUUCAUUUUAUGAAUAUAUAUUUAAUGAUUGUAUAGUUCAACAUUUACCGAUAAAGAAUUUCAAUCAUAUAAAAUUUGAGAAUAAUACAAAUAACAAUGAAAUUUCAAGUGAUAUGAUUGGAUCAAAUACAUCAGAGAUUAAUAUACUUCCUAAUACUAAUAAUUAUUCUAGUAAAUAUUUUAAUUGUUCAAUGUUCAAUUCAAUUAAUAUUAUUUCAUCAUCUAUCCACCUUUCAAACGAAGCAAUUAAAGAUUAUAAUCGUAUUCGUAUAUAUUUAAUUGAUUUAGCUAAAGAAUUAAAUAUCCCUGUAUUUUAUGAUAUUGAAAAAGCUAUGAAUUAUUGUAUUCAUAAGUUAAUUAUAUCAUAA